AUGCAGCCCUCCCCCUCGACGCCUGAGCCAGGACGCGCUGCAGACACCUGCCCAGCGCCGCCCAGACCAGAGAGUCCUCCCUUGGCCAGGGCUCCGGCAGCUGCUUCCAGUCCAGCACGGGCCUCGGCCUGGGCCUCCGGCAGAGCGCCGCGGGGCCUGGACAUGAGCGCCCAGGAGCCCCCUCAAGGUCGGAGAUUCCCCAUUGAGGCUGGAGACUCCCCUGGCCUUACCGCCGCUGCCGCCUCUGCCCCCGAGUCCCAGGACAGCCCAGAGCCGGUAGCAACGGAGCAUAACCCGGUCAGGCCGCUUCGACGCUGCCCGGGUUGCCACUGCCUGACACUGCUGCACGUACCCAUCGACGUCUACCUGGCAAUGGGCGGGAGCCCCCGGGCUCGCGCCACCUGA